AUCCGCUCGGCCUCCGCGUGCGCACUCUGUGCCACAAAAAGGCGCUGAUGGAGGUUUCCAAAAACAUCCCAGUUCCACUGUCUCAACCUACGCCAUAAUCUGCCGAGCUUGGCCUCGAGAUUGCGCAUCCCGAAGAGCCCAUAUCUCUGGGAAGAAAGCCCGUGGCCUUAGCCUUGGGCCCAACUAUGAUGAACUGAUCAGACUGGUCAGGAUGAGCAUCCUUUCUAGUUUGGGCAGUGUAAUCCAUCUUCGCCUUGUCCUUAUCCGUGGCCCCUUUUGGGGGUCCGGGUGUCUGGAUAGGGCCUUUGCCCUUUCCCUUCGGUUCCCUCCGUCUGUUGGAGGGUCCCUGAUGGGCCGUAUGACGACGCUGAGGCGGAGUGGGGCGUGGCUUAUUGCCAAUGAUAUAGCAGUUGGCCGCUAUAUGACCAACAUGGUUGCACACAUUACAGAAGGCGGGGAUCUUCUCAUAGAUCACACGCUGUACAAGGGUAUCCGACCCCUGCACAAUCUCUAUCUCGUGGACGGGCUCGACCCUGAGGUCGAUCUCAACGCAGAAUCGAGCCACGUUGGCCCUCGACUGGAGGGCCGUCGGGGCAUCAAUACGAACCGGCUGACCUAUACACUUAGCAAGCGUAGUGAUGGCAGCCCGGUCGUAGAGGUGGGGUGGGAGGCCAGGAAGGCGGCACCAGACGGGGACAAGCGGCGUCUCCGUCUUCGGGUUAAACCCCGAAGU